GAUCUCACAUUCUCGUAUAGGUCAUUGGUGGGAAAAAUGUCAAACUGACAAUAGAACUGCAACAAGAAGUACUCAUCUAUUUUAUUCCGACCUCCUUAUCUAAAGAGGGGAAAGCAAGUUUGUGUGUGAGAGAACGCUUGCCACGCUUGUCACAAGCGGCGGAGAAACGGAGGGAGGGGGGCAGUGGACAGACAUGGGUAACGGAGGGGGUGGCGUUUGGCUCGGCAAAGACGUGAAGUGAACGAGGAGAGGGGAAGAAGCGAACCUGGCCCUUUAAGUCACAAAAUCAGCGCAUUCGGAGCUCUCACCUGUCCAAUAGUCAGUAUCAGAUGUAAGCUCACCUGCUGGAAGGUUACAUCUAUCUAACCAGCCCUGCACAUCCCCCUGCCACAACUCAGCUGUCAUUGACCUGUCAUUUUCAGUCAUACAGAGCAGAACCCCAUCUGCACACCAUCAGCCAGUUCUUCUCCAGUGUGGUGUACACUGAUGGAUCAUGUCUACCACUAAUAACAUCGCCCAGGCCAGAAAACUGGUUGAGCAACUGAGGAUCGAGGCAGGAAUAGAACGCAUUAAGGUGUCCAAAGCUGCAGCAGACCUGAUGAGUUACUGUGAGCAGCAUGCUCGCAGUGAUCCCCUGCUGGUGGGGGUGCCCACAUCUGAAAACCCCUUCAAGGACAAGAAACCUUGCAUCAUCCUAUAGCCGUGCACCUCCCCUUCUACAACAUACCUACACAUACACACAUAGACUCACAUAAACAUAAACACACACUCCCACAAUUACACACAUACAGAACAUGUACUUAGCCCUCUACAAGCUCACACACUCCCGCUGGUUGCAUUCUAAACAACACCACAGCCACAGUUAAGGGCAGGUCUGGGAAAAGAAUUAGCCACAUUAUGGCCUGAGUUCAAUUUACAUAUCUGCGUUCCUAAUUAUGACCGGGCAGUGUUUAUAGUCUGGGUUGCAUUCACACAUCCUGAUCUCAUUACAGGAUGGGGUUGUAUUAAUUUUAAAAAGGGAUUUGGAUUUAUAUAAUUUCUAGUAAUCUGCAUACAGUGAGCAUUAGACUGAUAUAAUUUGUUGUGCAUGUGAUGGGUUGGCUGUAUAUUGGAGGAGAGGAGGGUAAAGAACAGGGACGGAAUAGUGAAGGAUAGUGUUGGCCGAUGGUGAGCUGAAAAUAGGGGAGAGUGUGAGUGUAAAACCAGUCAGUUAUUUAACUGUAAUUGUCUAAUUUGUUGGCUCACUGAGCUAAGCCAAUAGAAUAUUUUAGCCCUGGAAGUGAACCUGAGUAUUCUGGUCUAAGGCAAGGGUACCGAUCCCCUGACUUUUAGUCACUGAACAACCUCAGCUGUCUAUGGUGCACCACCCUUGCUGGGAAAGACUGUGAGGCUAUCUAUAAGCUGGCAAACAAGCCCUCAACCCACAGUCGUUUUAAUCGUUCUGCAUUUGGUUCUAUUCUCCUAGCCUGUGCCUCCUACUGGGCCAGACCUUUAGCUGUGCCACUUGGUGAAAGAGCUGUUUUCAGAUGCUGAUCCAAAUGUAUUUUAUUUUUAUUUAUAUUUAAAAAAAAAUCUUAUCUUGACUCUAUUACUGUGAGGAUGGAUCAGGAUUCAUGAGAAGAUUCUAGGUCUGCUCCUACAAGUAGCCUGUCAUGAUGGAGAGAGUAAAGUGAAAGGAUUGACAUGUGAACCCCCAGAAGUUUAUUGUUUUUUUUAACAACUGUUGUGAAUGGAUUUUAAAAAUAUAUUUAAAUCUCGCUUUCACAAAGCCAUCAUCUUGACCAGCAUAUUUGAACCUGGGUCAGUUCUAAUGGGUGAAGCAAUUCCCCAGCUGGGUCAUAUCAGACAAUGGUUUUAAUGCCAAGCCUUCCUAAAUUUCUAGAAUAUUCACAAUCUCAGUUCUGUUUUUAGAACCUUACAGUUACUAUGGAGCAACUGGUAAUUUCCUGGUAACAUUCCCUGAAACACUCACAAGGAGACAAGUACAUUUACAUUUAGUCAUUUUACAUUUAGUCAUUUAGCAGACGCUCUUAUCCAGAGCGACUUAGUAAAACCAGACAGUUCCAUACUUGCCCCCCCCCCCACACACACACACACACACAUCCUCUAAACCCUCUCUGUAACCCAGUGAGAGCCAGCGGAUUGUUGUGUGCUUUAUCUCUGAAUGUGGAGCACCAGCAAACAGUUUGCUGUCCUCUGUCUCCAUCACAAUGGUUCUCUUCUCCAAACAUAAAACACACUUGAUUGUAUAAAAGGACAAGAAGGAAAACGAUGCCAGAGGAAACAAAUAAGUGUAUAAACUUUAGUUCAGACACGUGAUGAAGUGAAUCAAUUGAGAGUAGCUGUUUUGGGUUAGUUUGAGUUUCCUCUAUAUGAAGUCCAUGGCACCUGAUCAGUGGAGUAUUACUCUGUUGUGUUUGUAAGAUAAAAACUAACAUGGAAUCCUCAUUCUUUUAGUAUUUUAUUGUUUUGCGUAAGCGGUUCUGUUCUGUCAGGAUUCUGUCACAGUACUUCAGCAGAGGAUUAUGUUGUGUUGGGAUGGGUCAGGAUAGAAGUCUGCAUUGGUCAAUGGCUUUGUUUGAAAAACUCUAGGUUUCUGUGCUGAGCCUGAAUGCAGGAUCAGUGAAAACUUUGUGUUUGUGUGUGUGUGUGAGUGAACAUUGUACAGGAAUCUGGACUGCAGGAGCACUAUUGAUAGUGUAGGAGGUGCUGUGUGUACAUGAAUGAAUGUGCUUUCAACCACAUUUGUGUGUGCAUGUUUGUUUUUGUUAUUAACACAAACUUUUUGUGUUAGUGAGUAGUGUGUGUGUGUGAGAAAUAGACUGCUAGGGAUGGUUGUUAACCUAGGGCCACUGUCUUUUAGCUUACACACACACACACACACACACACACAAAUUGGCUUGCAAAUUUCACUUGCAUAACAGAACAGGCUGUGCUGUUAGUACAGAUAUCUGAGAUCAGAAGUUUGAGUGUGGCCAAAGACAGAAUGUGACCAGCAGAAACACAGAACAAGGGUUCCUGAAGGAGAACGAAGACUCGUAUGGAAGCAUCAAGCAUUGAGAGAGAAUAGGAGCAAAAUAGUCUAAUCAAAAUGUUCUCUCAAAUGUCACGAAAGGUUUUCUGAUGAUGAAGAGCUGCAAUUGAACAGUAAAACCAGCAUCUGGUGCCUGUACUAUCACACAAUAGUAUCUAUGUGGUAGUCGUGGAGAUAACUAUGGCUUCAUUUUUGCUGCUGCAGCACUGUGAAGGCAAAUAUUGAGCAUUAAUACAGUCACACACAGAUGCUCUUUCGCUGUGUGCUUCAGAAACACACAGCUUUCACAGUUCACUCACUGAAACAGUUUGAGGCCAAAGCUCAGAACUCUGAAGGAUAUUUCUCUUAUAUUGUCAUUCAUACCAACAGUUGUUGGGUUCAUAUCAAUGACAACCAACUGAAGUAACUGCUUGAUUGGUGGCUUGUUUUGAUUGAUUGGUUGGUUGGUUGAUAGUUUGCCUUAUAGUUGUGUAUUGUGUUCCAUGGUUGUCUUCUGGCACCUGAUUGAAUCAUUUGACAAUAACAGUCUUAAAGAGAACACUCAGCUUUAGAUUGAACUCAAGGAAUAACAUCUGCUGUGUGUGUUGUACCCCAAAAUUCUUUUCUGGUCAUUUGAGGUGAAUAGAAGUUUGUUAUCGGUGGACCUACAGUAUAGUAUCAAACAUCAACCAGUCGGCUCUGAGCCCUGCCUGAGACCCAUCUUUUUAGUUCUGAUCUCCUGUGUAUACAUAUAUAGUAUAUGUAUCUUUUUGCCUUGAUUGAUUAUAAAGAAAAUAUAUCUAUUUUUUGUAACUGUUCUUCUCUAAUGUGCCAUAACUCAUGUUUUCUUGCACACUGUUAAUAUUUUGUGGAUAUUGCUGUUUAAAAAUACAUUGAAAAGUAGAUAACAUUAAAUAAAAACAUGAUAUAAUA